UGUCCCCUCCCAGCCCGGCCAUCCUGGGUGAGUUCUACUCCAUGUCCUACCUGUACUACGGCGCCUUGGGGACACUGGGGACCGUGGGGACAGGGGCCCUGCUCAGCCUCCUGCCAGGGCCAGCCCGGCAGAGCCGCCGUCCCCAGGGUGUGCUGUGGUGGGACAUCGUCAAGGCCACACCCUCGGGUGUCCCCAAGGGUGACAACAGCCCCGAGGACGAGCCCCCGGACAAGGCCAGAGUGACCCAGGCGCUGCUGGAGAGGCCGGACGGGGAGGGGACAGCCCCGUGUGACACCCCCAAGGGUGGCACUGUCACCGAGAGCGACGUGUAGGGGACAGCGGGGUGGGGACACGGUGCUGGCCCAAAUAAAGGAGCUGCUGGUCCUGGACACAGCCUG